GAAACAGAACUGGAUACAUCCACUGUGACUGAACGUGGAAAUGGAACUGGAACUGCAGCUUUCUCGGUCUUUUGUUGUCAAGGCAUCGGUAUCUAGGCAAUUCCCGCGCAAGACAGAGGAAUACUUUGUUCAAGCAAAUCUGUACGCUCAGGCAUAGGGUAGACGGAAAGUAGUUGUCGAUAAACAAUGGCUCUGAGCAACCUCACCAUUGGGGUGGUUUGCUGCGUAGUGGUAGCCAUCGUCGCUCUGGCUACCAGAAAGCAGCCCGACACCAGGGAGCCACCCUACGUCAAAGAGACCGUCCCCUACUUCAGUCACAUUUACGGACUGUUGAAGCAUGGCCUGCGAUACUUUGAUCUCGUCAGCGCUCAACAACCGCAUCCAAUCUUCACGAUUGACAUGUCGGGACAGAAGAACUACAUUGUGACAUCUCCAGAACUUGUACAAGCUGUUCAGCGCAACACGACUUCUUUGUCAUUCAGCCCAGCUAUGAUACCGGCGUUUCGUCGAAUGAUGGGAUUCGAUGAGGCCGGUAUCGAGCUCAUCUUUCGGGAUGCUCAUACUGAGAAUGGCAUGUAUGGUGAGAUUCAUAGAGUUCAAAAGGCUUCUUUGCUCCCGGGUACAGAAUCUCUUGAUGAACUAUGCACGCUCAUUCGUACCAAACUACUCAACAUCAUCAAUGAGCUUCCUUCAAGUCAGACAAUCGAUCUUUAUGCUUGGGUCCAGGAUCUAUUCAUGAGAACAAACAACUCUGCUUGUUUUGGCGAGAAGGAUCCAUUCACUAUUGACCCAUCGCUGAAUUCAACAUUCUGGGACUGGGAGGCCAAUAUCAAGGUGCUUCUCCUCGGAGUCCCUUGGUUUCUGAGCCCCAAGAAGCACUCCACAGCGCAGAGAACUCGCAAAGAGCUCGUCGAUGCAUUCUUGAAGUACCUCAAUGACGACGGUCUGGAUACUGCUUGCUCGUUCAUUAAGGAGCUUUCCGGCUUAGGCAUCCGACGAGGUUUGAGUAAUGAGAACAAUGCCCGCGCUCUACUUGGCAGCAUCCUUGCCAUUGUUGGAAACACCAUUCCCACGACUUUUUGGCUGUUGAUAUCGAUCUUCUCCAGACCUGAUCUUUUGAAGGAGAUUCGAUCCGAGCUUGAAGCCACUAUUGAAGAUCCUGCAUUUGAGAUUGUAUCUCUCGACUACACCACCAUUCGUGAGAAGUGCCCAGUCUUCAUGUCAACAUAUGACGAAGUACUUCGAAUGACGAGUGGCAUUGCGACAGUGCGGUACACCAACGAAGACACCCUUAUUCAAGAUCGUUGGCUCCUGAAGAAAGGAGCUCAGGUUCAGAUGCCAACAGCAUUCAUCCACGCCGAUCCAACAACCUGGGGUGCAGACGCGGAUGUCUUUGACCACACAAGAUUCUUAAAGUCCAAGGUCCUCACCAAGGAGCAGAAGACUCGAAGGGCUGCCGCGUUCAGACCGUUUGGUGGUGGCAAUACCCUCUGCCCUGGUCGUCACUUUGCAUCUUAUGAAGUCCUAACCUUUGCGGGAAGCGUUCUGCUUGGCUUUGAUAUGGCUCCAACGACGAAGACAUUCAAUGUUCCUCAGAUGGACAGAUCGAAGCUUCCUCUGACAUCUCUCAAGCCGGCUGGGGAUAUCAGUGUAAACAUGUCGAGGAGACCUGGUUGGGAAAAGGUGCAGUUUAGAUAGGAAACAAUGGGAUGGCAAUUUCCACCGCUGAGGAUCAACGGGAAGUCCUUGGCAGGAAAAUCUCGUUACGCCGUCUCCAUC